CUCACCCCUACAUAUGCCCAUGUUACAUAUGAGAGAAGUCCGGUUCCAUUAAGUAAUAUAUUGUAUGUUUAACAUAUGAAGUAAUUAGCACCUAAAACUAGUGUUGCAGGGUUGAUACUCAGAGCUUUUCAAUCUUUCAUUACUGCUUAUCCAUCUUUCGUCGAUCUCUUCUAGUAUUUGUCUCAGACUCUCACUUAUCCCAGUUCCUUAAUAUUCAUCAUCCUCAGUCAUUUUAUUGAAUUCCAUUUGGAACUUUAGAAAAUCAGAUUUAAUAUCAGCAAGAGAGCUUUGGAGACUUCAGUUCUUGUAGGAGCAAACAGAAGUGUAUUUGUAUUUUCUUUGACUUGAUCCUUAGCACUUUUCUGCCCAACGUCAUGACUCACACCAGAUUCUUUAAGUCCCUCAAUCCUAGAAUUCUUUUUUGACUAAAGACUGCAAAGUAGAGCCUAUGUCUCUCACCGCCUCCGUUGGAUCUUCAGCAGCACCUUGCCCGAUACCGGUGCCUCUUCUUGCAUCUAUUCGAUCUAAAGUCUGCAUAUCUUGGGUAAUGGAGGGAGACAGAACUUGGAUGUAUACACGUAGACUUUCAUUAGAUUUCAAGACUGGUUUGGCUAGUUUCCUCGGCAAAGCUUUUGCUAAAGUUGCCCGUGGGGGUCAAAUUCCUUGCCCAUGCAAAGAAUGUAAAAGUCAUUAUUGGUAUCGUAGAGAUGAAGUGUGGAAUCAUGUGAUCGCGAAGGGAUUUGUAGAAAAUUAUUUGAAGUGGAACUUUCACGGAGAGGGACCUAUGUUUGUUGGUCGUACGAGUAUUGAAAAUGAAAAUGAUACAGUUAUGCCUGGCAACAUCAAUGGCCUCUCGUAACUUGAUAGUAGUAGUCCAUAGUCUACUUUUAUAGGAUUUGUUCCUUUGUGGAGAAGUUGGUAGAAAUUCUAUCCCACCUACUUUGGACUUCUUAUUACUCGGGGGACUUUGAAUCGAUUUUAAAAAGGUAUGUACACUUAAGGUAAAACUCCGGUUUGUAUUGGUGGUUUAGGUGGGGGUGAGGAUACCAGAUGGGUCGUUGAUGGCAUGUGACCAAUGUAUUUGACCCUGUAUUUGCUUGGUUUGGGAAUUCUUCGGAGUACUUCCUCAUCUCUUUAAAGAAUUUAGACGAUUGGAUUGUAAAUGGGUUUUGGUGGUAAUUCUUCUCGAUUUAAAUGAUUUGAAAUGUGGUAGUUUACCCAUAGUUGGGAAUAUAAUUACUUAUGGUUUAAUUUAAGAGUUUUCAACAAUACAGGUUGUUUUGGAAAAUCCGAGUUUUAUUCUAAAAAAUCUGAUUUUUUGAUCUUUUAAAGAGUUGGGGAUUUCUUAAAAAUUUAUGAUAUUAUUAUGUGAAGAUAAAUUACUUUUGAAAUAAAGACGAAGUAAUACAUUUCCGAAAAUCAUACUAUUACUUAGUUUUUGAGUUGGCACUACAAACUAGUACUCACGCGCUAAAAACUACUGUAUAUAUUCAUUACAAACGAGACAAUGAAACUGUACGGGACCGGUUUGGGACAAAAUUGUCCCAAACGGAAUGCGACAAUGCCAUCAAGAUUCUUGCCCACCCCUAGUAAAAAAUCUUCCUGAGUCUUCUUCUAUUGUAACUUUGUAAGACUGUAAGUACGUAGUAUCUUUCAUUUCUAGCUAGGGAAAAGUUCAUAAUGACGCCAUUAUCACAAGCUUAGUAUGUACAGACAUUACAUUGUAUCAACCGAACUGUUAUUGACUAUUUUACCUUUUUUGGUAAAACUGUUGUGGUGGAUUAUCCUGUUUAGGAAUAAGCUGAGAGACAAGCAUAAGGCAAUGUCAGGACUUCAAUUUAUUGCCUGGAAAGCCCUUUCUGCUGAUAUUCUUGGUUGUAAGGGGAUGUGUGAUGUGUACUUCCGAUCCAUAUACGCAUGCUAAUAAAUACAGAGUAUGAGAAUAAUGUGUUUUGUUUUUUUUCUAAUAUUCUUAUUGGCCCCAUUUCAAGAGUAGUCUCUUUUCCACCAUGGUUCUCAUUUAAUAAAC